AUGGAUACGUUACAAAAAUCGCCAUCUAGUCUGAAACAACGUUCGGCGAAGGAAGUGGGCUUUCAUGGAUCUCAUACUAAUGAUAUCUCAAGCGAAUCCUCAAUAGAAUCAACGUUAUCGACAUCAGGUUCCCGAACGCCAAUCAUGACACAUACAAGUCAAACUAAUGUAAGCCCGUCAAAGGAGUUCAUGACAUUAACACCAAUUAGACUCCCUGAAAACUAUUCUCCUUCAAGAAACCCACUACUUUUAUCUAGCCGAAGGAAACAAAAUGAUAUCAAUACCGAGAUCAAUUCUUUGAAUAACUAUUCUCCAACUCAUGAGACAAUAUAUCAGGAAAAAUUCAAUGGUAUCUCAUCUCAAUUGGCGACUCUAUUAGAAAACCUGAAUAUAAUAUACAAAAAGAUCGGAUACUCCAGUUCAAUGAUAACAACUAAGGAGAAGACAAUAUUCCAUGAUUUAUCAUCCCUAUUAGAAAAUUUUUAUGAGGAAGCUGAAGUUGAAAUGGAAAAACUAUCUUUAAAUAAUGAUUUAGAUCAAGAAAUAAUAAACAAAAUAUUAAUUAUACUUGGGGAUCCUAGUGGUAUUGAAACGAUUCCAGAUCUAUAUAUAAGAAACGCCAUUUUAAAACAAUCAAAUAAAAGCGUUCCCCAGUCCCCCAAAAAACCAUUAACGCUACUUAAUAAGAAAAUUACACUUGAAAAAGCUAAAAUGUUUACAUUAGGGAAAUAUAUACCUAAAUUAAUUACGUUCUUACAAUAUUCUGUGACGUUACAAAAAUUGAUACGAUCUGUAAAUAAUGAUAACCUAAUAGCUGAAGAAUCAGUCACUAAUGCAAUUUCGAAUCUACCAUCUUUAAAAGAAGUCGAAUACCUACUAAAGGAUUUGAUGAAAUUAAAAGAUUUUCAAGUAAACACAGAAAGUAUAUCACAACUCUUGAAACAGUAUAAGAAGAUCCUAUUAGAUGGUAAUGGCACCACUGAUAUUUCCACGGAACGUAUAAAGAACCUUACAGCUGCCAUCAAUGUGUAUGAAGUAGAGAUCAAAUCGAGAUUCCAACAGAAUAAUGAAAUGGUAAAUGAAAUAAGUGCAUUAAUAAACGAAUUACAAGUAAACCCAGAGGAAGAUUUACCUCCUCAGGAAUGGAAUACCCUAACGACUAGUUUCAACAUUGUAAAUAAUCGUAAUAUACGAGACAUAAAUGAUUUAGAUCCAAAUAUCAUUAUAGGCAAUGAACAAUUAGAUACUUUGCAGCUGAUUAUCAAGAAAUAUAUUACCAUUAAAGCAAAUAGAUUAACUGAGAAAAAGAUGUUGAUUACCAAAUGUAGAACUUUAUGGUCUAUAUUAAAAAUAUCCGAGACAUAUAUUGAAGAAUUUAUGAGGCAGAAUGCUGGUCUAUCGACUCAAAUCUUUAGUAAUCUAAAUGUAGAAAAAGAAAAACUAGAGCAAGAUAAGAAACAACAAAUAAAACACUUAAUCAAGCAAUCCUUAGAGGAGAUAACUGGGCUAUGGGAUACUCUGAGUAUCGAAGACCAACAUAGAGAAGAGUUUUUCCAGAAGUUCAAUAAUAAAAUCGAGCCAGUUCAAACUCUUCAAGAUAACGAAAAUUUAUUAGCAAUGUGUACUUUAGAGAUCAAUGAACUGAAUGAAAAGAUGGAGAUUUACAGACCCAUAUUAAAAUUAAUAGACGAAUUCCAUUCUUUACAAGAGGAUGAAAUAUUCCUGGAUAAUAGUUCAAAGGAUUCAUCUAGACUUCUCUCUAGAAACUCUCAUAAGAUCUUAUUAAAGGAAGAAAACACAAGGAAGAGACUGACAAGACAUUUUCCAAGAGUUAUGGCGGAAUUGUCAAAAAAACUAUUAGAGUCAGAGGAUGUAUUCCAAAGGCCAUUUUUAUAUAAGAAUCAACGUAUGCUGGACAUAGUGUUAGAUGAAGAGGAAUCGUUUGCUCACAAAUAUCCAAGAAGUAGACGUAUUAUGGGAGAGCGUAUAUCUAAGAUUCGCAAGGAAAGAGUAGUCUCUAAUUCUUCUGUGAAUUCGAAAUCUACGAUUGGAUCAAGUCAAUCUGCACCAUUGAUGACAUUAACCAACAACAAACCAUUUAGAGUAGCAAAGCGAUACAACUCCGACGGUAUAAGAACUGAUUCUACUAAUAAUGAGAUCCAAAGGAAAAUAUCUCCAAUAAGAUACAAAUCUAAUUUGACUGAAUCUGAUUUAAUGAGAAAUUCAAGGUUAUUAUCAGAAGAAUCUAAAUUACCAAAAUUCUACGAACAAGAUGUUGUUAAGUAUGAAAAAGAAUCUACAGAAAGGCAUUUACUUGCUCCAACAAAAAUUGUUAGAAAACCACUCUCUACUCCUGGAAACAUAAAACCUCAAAUGUUAAGGGAUUCAUCCUCAAAUGUAUCAUUAAACAAAUUUUCUACACCUAUUUUGAAAAACACUCCACAGCAAACUGAGUCAUAUCAUGGCGUAAAACCUACACAAUUAUUCCCAAUUAGUAACAAUAAACUAAACAAUAUGUCGAACAUCAAAGUGUCACGUAUACCGACUCUUAAUAAACCUAUGACAAGAAGAAACUUUGCAAAUAGCGUAUCUCAAUUACAAGAAAAGGAAAACUCAGGACUAGGGAGAAUCCCUUCAGAUCCAACCUCCCAACAGGAUAUAACUGCAAAACUACGCAGUCCCUACCGCGAACCCGACCACAGUGUCUACCAAUUAUCUCAAUCCCCUGAUGGCAAAUUCAGAUUAAGUAUUCAAGAGAGACAGCUAGAUAAUCCAUUCGAUGAUACUAGCCUCUGCGAAGAAUGA